GAGCAGCGGAGUCCUGCCGGAAGGGGCCCUUCGCAGCACUUCCGGGCCGGGCGGCGGCAGAGAGGCAGCGGCGCGGACCCCGCGCAGCGGCACCACCGCACCUGGGCCGGAGCGGGCCGGACCGGACCGGACCCGACCCCACCUCCCUCCGCGGGCCGGGCGGGCGGCACCAUGAUCACCUCGGCCGCUGGAAUUAUCUCUCUUCUGGAUGAAGAAGAGCCACAGCUCAAGGAGUUUGCUCUUCACAAGUUGAAUGCUGUUGUCAAUGACUUCUGGGCAGAAAUCUCUGAGUCAGUGGACAAAAUUGAAGUUCUCUAUGAAGACGAGGGCUUUCGGAGUCGGCAGUUUGCUGCUCUAGUUGCUUCUAAAGUUUUUUACCACCUGGGAGCUUUUGAGGAAUCACUGAACUAUGCCCUGGGAGCAGGUGACCUCUUCAAUGUCAACGACAACUCAGAAUAUGUGGAGACGAUCAUUGCAAAAUGUAUCGACCACUAUACCAAGCAGUGUGUGGAGAAUGCGGAGCUGCCAGAAGGGGAGAAGAAACCUGUUGAUGAAAGGCUAGAAGGGAUAGUGAAUAAAAUGUUCCAGCGGUGCUUGGAUGACCACAAGUACAAGCAGGCCAUUGGCAUUGCACUAGAGACGCGCAGGCUGGACAUCUUUGAGAAAACCAUCCUCGAAUCGAAUGAUGUUCCUGGGAUGCUAGCAUACAGCUUGAAGCUCUGUAUGUCUUUGAUGCAGAAUAAACAGUUCCGUAAUAAAGUCUUGAGAGUUCUAGUUAAAAUCUACAUGAAUCUGGAGAAACCAGACUUCAUCAAUGUGUGCCAGUGCCUGAUAUUCCUGGAUGACCCACAGGCUGUGAGCGACAUCUUGGAAAAACUGGUGAAGGAAGAUAACCUUCUCAUGGCCUACCAAAUUUGCUUUGAUCUGUACGAAAGUGCUAGCCAGCAGUUCUUGUCUUCUGUGAUCCAGAAUCUCCGCACAGUUGGCACUCCCAUUGCCUCCGUGCCUGGAUCCACCAACACUGGCACCGUCCCUGGAUCGGAGAAAGACAGUGAAGCUAUGGAAGCGGAAGAGAAACCAGGAAGCGCUUGUGCGGGGAAGUCUGCAGAAAUUAACCCAGAGCCUAAGGACCAGAUCUCAAAAAUGAUUAAAAUUUUAAGUGGGGAAAUGGCCAUUGAGUUACAUCUGCAGUUUUUAAUACGAAACAACAACACAGACCUCAUGAUCCUCAAAAACACAAAGGAUGCAGUGCGGAAUUCCGUGUGUCAUACAGCAACGGUUAUAGCAAACUCCUUUAUGCACUGUGGUACAACCAGUGACCAGUUCCUUAGAGACAACUUGGAGUGGCUGGCCAGGGCCACUAACUGGGCUAAGUUUACUGCUACUGCCAGCUUGGGUGUUAUACACAAGGGUCACGAGAAAGAAGCAUUACAGCUAAUGGCAACGUACCUACCCAAGGACACCUCUCCGGGGUCAGCCUACCAGGAAGGUGGAGGUCUCUAUGCCUUGGGUCUCAUUCAUGCUAACCAUGGUGGGGACAUCAUUGACUAUUUGCUGAACCAGCUGAAGAAUGCCAGUAAUGAUAUUGUUCGACAUGGUGGCAGCCUGGGUUUGGGACUGGCUGCCAUGGGGACAGCACGUCAAGACGUGUACGAUUUGCUGAAAACAAAUCUAUACCAGGAUGAUGCAGUGACAGGUGAAGCAGCUGGGCUGGCAUUAGGAUUGGUUAUGUUGGGAUCUAAAAAUGCUCAGGCUAUUGAGGACAUGGUUGGCUAUGCACAGGAAACCCAGCAUGAAAAGAUUUUGCGAGGCCUCGCGGUUGGAAUUGCUCUGGUCAUGUAUGGGAGGAUGGAGGAGGCAGAUGCUCUCAUUGAGAGUCUCUGCAGAGAUAAGGAUCCAAUUCUCCGUCGUUCUGGCAUGUACACUGUUGCUAUGGCAUACUGUGGCUCAGGGAACAACAAGGCUAUCAGACGCCUACUGCAUGUGGCUGUGAGUGAUGUGAAUGAUGAUGUGAGGCGGGCAGCUGUAGAGUCACUUGGUUUCAUUCUGUUCAGGACUCCUGAGCAGUGUCCAAGCGUGGUUUCGUUGCUGUCGGAGAGCUACAAUCCCCAUGUGCGCUAUGGGGCUGCCAUGGCUUUGGGUAUCUGCUGUGCGGGCACUGGAAAUAAGGAAGCAAUUAAUUUGCUUGAGCCAAUGACAAAUGAUCCUGUGAAUUACGUACGUCAAGGAGCUCUGAUUGCAUCUGCCCUUAUCAUGAUCCAGCAGACUGAGAUUACCUGCCCAAAGGUCAGCCAGUUCAGACAGCUCUAUUCCAAAGUGAUCAAUGAUAAGCAUGAUGAUGUUAUGGCAAAGUUUGGAGCAAUCCUGGCACAAGGCAUCUUGGAUGCAGGGGGCCAUAACGUAACUAUUUCGCUGCAGUCGAGGACAGGACAUACUCACAUGCCUUCUGUGGUUGGAGUUCUGGUCUUCACCCAGUUCUGGUUCUGGUUCCCCUUGUCACACUUCUUGUCGCUGGCUUUCACCCCAACCUGUGUCAUUGGCCUUAACAAAGAUCUAAAGAUGCCAAAAGUCCAGUACAAGUCCAACUGUAAGCCGUCCACAUUUGCCUACCCCCCACCUCUCGAGGUACCAAAGGAAAAGGAGAAAGAAAAGGUUUCCACUGCUGUGCUGUCCAUCACUGCAAAAGCCAAGAAGAAGGAAAAGGAGAAGGAGAAAGAGAAGAAAGAAGAAGAGAAGAUGGAAGUGGAUGAGACUGAAAAGAAGGAUGAAAAAGAAAAGAAAAAAGAGCCUGAACCCAACUUCCAGCUUCUGGACAACCCAGCCAGAGUCAUGCCUGCUCAGCUCAAAGUUCUCACUAUGACAGAGAGCUGCCGAUACCAGCCUUUCAAACCACUUUCCAUCGGAGGCAUCAUCAUCCUGAAGGACACCAGUGAGGAUAUGGAGGAGCUGGUUGAACCUGUGGCAGCUCACGGUCCGAAGAUUGAGGAAGAGGAGCAGGAACCUGAACCACCAGAGCCCUUUGAGUACAUUGAUGAUUAAGACCUGAGGAUCAUGUCCUCUAAAGAAGACACUAUGCUUGAUAUCAGAAAGACAGACAUGAAGACCUUCCUAUUGAGAUCUGCUGUUCAGUGCAUGCAGCCCCAAUCUGUGCUGAGCUAAAGCUGAUAGUCCGUGUUUUAUGGCUGAAGAACAGAUAUAUGCUAUUUAGUGUACUCUUUCACAAAACCUUGUUUUCAAAUAAAUAUAUUAAAAACUCUUGACAGAAAA